AUGAUUCUUGUUUCACUGCCUCUCUUCUUCUCUGUCUCAGCUGUUCGCUAUCUCUUUCAUUGCAAUACUCUCCCUCUCGUUUUCUCCAGUCUGGCUCCCGCUAUACGAGCGGCUCGCAUCAAAGCGAUGUCUCGCUCACUCAUUGAGAUACCGUGCUUGGAUGGUUACGGCAGCACAGCUCACUCAGAGGCGGGUCACACGAAAAAGGGCCUAGGAGUCGGCCUCGUAGUCCCAGGCACCGCCAGCUCCGGCCUUCCGGUUGGCCAGACCACCGCUUCCACCACGAUUCUCGGACUCUGCGAAUUGGCCUCGCAGGACACCGACGCCUCGAGACUUGCCGACUUCCUUCGACCUGUUCGAGGCAUAGCGGCCCCCACGUCUGCCCGCAGCACAUCAGCUAUGCCCGGCGCCGGCGGACUUGACGCAAUCCCACUUGACCCCACGACGUCCACAGGCAUCGUCGACACCAACUUUGGCUUGCACCACCAAAAACAGCCCAACUUAGCCACCGGCAAUCGAGCCUGGAAGGUUGAGUUUGAAGCCUGGCUGGUGGACGCGGUGACGGGAGGCAUCGGCCUCGCCGGCGGAGGGGUACCAGCCGGACAAUUUGUGCAGGUGAUGGCCUGCUCUCCCUUUCUCAACCCACAGAUCAAGCGCUGGAUACAAGGUAGCUGA